UUUUCGCCAUGCCCACUAAAAAGCCCCUGUCACAGCCUAAGCAUCUGGCGUGCAGUUGAGGAACAGACCGUCGGGGCUGCUGCAGUUUGGUCCAAGACGCACUGCAAGGAUGAAAGGCUACAUUUUCCUUGUUGUGAACUUGGCAGUUUCAGCAGCAUUCUCCCCAAACCCAAAUGGAGCAAUCAUAAAGAAUAUUGGUGAAGAUAAGGACAUUAUAACAGCAAACAAGGAUGGUUCAUUGGAAGAUGAUAUCCUGGAGAAACCAAGGAUACAAAGGAGUUCCAUUACUGAUGUGGACAGCCUGUGGGAUUCCCCAGUCGCAUAUGUUUUGGACAAUGGCCUUGAGCUGAAUGCCAAAGGAGUCACCCUGAGAGCCUUCAACCAGUUCAGGUUAAAGUCAUGCAUUGACUUCAAACCAAGGGACUCUGAGGCCUAUUACAUUUCUGUCCAAAAGUUAGACGGGUGUUUUUCAUAUAUUGGCCGAGUACUACCCAACGGACAGGUCCUUUCCAUCGGGAGGUACUGUGAUGAAAUUUCCACCGUUGAACAUGAGUUCCUCCACGCUUUUGGCUUCUACCAUGAACAGUCCAGACAUGACAGAGAUGAGCAUGUGACCAUUGUCUACGAGAACAUCGAAGAAGGUCGUGAGCAUAAUUUUGAUAAAGUCAGCAAUGAAACCAGCACCACCCAUGGAGUCCCGUAUGACUACAAUUCAGUGAUGCAUUAUGGCAAAGAUGCAUUCAGCAAUGGCAAUGGAUCAACAAUUAUCACCAUUGACCCAGAGUUCCAGGAUGUUAUUGGUCAAAGACUGGAAAUGAGUCCCAGUGAUGUUCAGGAGCUGAACCUCCUCUACAACUGCAACUCAACCAUUGCAUUUAUGAUGCACUGCAGCUUCUCUGACGGGAACAUGUGUCAAAUGAAUGGCUGUUCACAGAGUGGCAGUGGCUGGGAAAUGGUAACACAUGCUCCCGGGGGUCCUACAUCUGACCACACCAGUCUACCCAGUGGCACUUCUAAUCAUAGUCAAGAUACAGGUUACUUCAUGCAUGCUAGCACAGCGGGAGGGAUGGAGGGAGACUCAGCCCGGCUGGAGACCCACACGAUGAGUCCUAAUAGAGAUUGUCAUGUCCAGUGUCUCCAGUUCUACUACUACCAUAGCGGAAACCAGUCAGACCAGCUGAACAUCUGGAUCAGAGAGUUUCAAGAUGAAUGGGACCCCAUGGGAACCCUCCAUCUCAUGGGACAGAUCACUGGUCAACCAACAUCUCACUGGCAGCUCCAGCAUGUUUCCCUGAAUGCCACCAAGCACUUCCGGGUGGAAUUUGAGGUUCGUAGAGGAGCAGGAACAUCAUCAGGCGGCUUCUCAAUUGAUGACAUCAAUCUGUCCGAACUUGAAUGUCCAGACGUAACCAUGCAGAUUGAUGAUUUUGACAACCUUUUGACCACGAGUGCAUAUGCAACCAUUCUAAACAGCCCUCGGCACUACUCCAGUGGGGGCUAUGCUUACUCAUUUGGGGUUGGGCUGUAUGGGACAUAUUUUGGACUGUUUGUGCAACUGACGUCUGGUGAAAAUGAUGACCAGCUGGAGUGGCCUUGCAUAAACAGGCAGGUGACCUUCCAAAUGCUGGAUCAGAACCCCAACAUCCAGCUGCAGAUGUCCAAACAAGCAAGUUUCACCACUGACCUAGGCACAUCCAAUGAUGGUACCUAUUUAUGGGGCAAUCCUCGUGAGAUUGGAACUUCAUAUGUAGAUGACAAUAAUGAGACCAUCUUUGUUGGACCUCUGCUUGGCAAACGUUAUUUUGCUGAUUCAGAGGAAAUACAAACCAGAAACUUCCUCAAGGGAGGGAGUGUCGUUUUUGUCUUCAGCUUCCAAGAUCUUACUCCUCUGGUUAAUGGAAGUGUUCUUCCAUGUCCUCAAGUGGAACCGGUGAUGAUGACACAUCCGCCUGAAGAUCUGGAUAACGCCCCAUGCUCACCACGGAUUGUACCCACCACUCAUCCAGUAACCACCAUUCCUCCAUCACCCACUACUCAUCCAGAAAUCACCUCUACUCCAUAUCCCACCACUCAUCCAGAAAACACCACUCAUCCACAUCCCACCACUCAUCCACAUCCCACCACUCAUCCAGAAAUCACCACUCAUCCACAUCCCACCACUCAUCCACAUCCCACCACUCAUCCAGAACACACCACUCAUCCACAUCCCACCACUCAUCCAGAAAUCACCACUCAUCCACAUCCCACGACUCAUCCAGAAAUCACCACUCAUCCACAUCCCACCACUCAUCCAGAGAUCACCCGUCAUCCAUCUAGAACAACAGAUGACAGCAUUUUUGGCUCCUCUGUUGCUUUGGUGUGCUCUCCUGUCCUCACCCUCUUGCUGACACUGAUGCUUUUAAUACCUUGAUGUACGUCUCCUCUCGGGCACAUCUCACCUCUGCACAUGGACAGGACCAGAAGAUCUGCCACUGGCUGAGAAAUUCAGCAGAUUUUACUAUUUAUUCUUCUUCUCUUGUGGUUUCUGUGGAAAUAAUAAAAACUUGAACUAAUAAAAGGAAAGAAGGAAUGGGUAAAGAACUCAUUGUAGAUGCUGUGUAUUGGCGGUAAUGAAAUAUCUGUUCUACAGUGGUGUUUGGUGUUUGGACCAUAUUCAUAUUUGGAUUUUCUUUUUUGGGCUAAUGUUGAAACUGUACUUUGAUUUCUUACAAUAUAGCAGACCAUCAAAGAAAUGGAAAAAAAACUUGAUUUUAACUGGUUAAUAAAAAGAAAAGGUUACUUUGAGCCCUUUUAUUUUUUCAUGAAAAAAUACAUACAUACUCUAGGUUUAUGAUAGGAGGUGAAAUUCUGUAGCUCUUUCUGUACUGUGAUUCUGAUUCAACAAGCAUAUUUAAGAAUAAAAGAAAAUGCAUGCAA